AUGAGUUUCUUCGAGAACUUCUGCGCUUUCCUGGCAAGUGCAGCUAGCGCAGGAAUGAGGGCAGCAAGAGAGACGCUCAUCCCAUCGUUGGCAGAGGGCAGCAAAGCCGCAGCCGAGAAAAUUGGACAUGCAGUCAGCGCAGAAAGCGGCCUCAGCAAAGAAAAUCUCGGCCGAGCUCUUGCGGGAGCUGGCCAGGCCGUCAACUCGUUUGCCCAGAACCACGUUGGUCCUGCUGUGGGCGGAGCAGCAGUCGCGCUUGAGAGGAUGUUCUAG